ACGUUCUCUGAAAACCCUUGUUCGCUCUUCGUUCCCAUUCGUCCCUCUCCUUCUCGUCCCAUAUUUAGGGUUAGGGUUAGGGUUUCCUCCAUUUCGCUCCCAACCUCGCGUUUGCUCCAUUAAUGGAAGUUGUUGUUCACACCUCGACCUACAAAAUCCGUUAUUUUUACUGCAACUGCUGUCGCCGCUGCCGCUGUUGUCGUUGCUUCUGUUGUUGCGGCUGCUGUUAGGGUUUGGGCGCUUGAUCAUCGCCGGCCGCCAUGGAUCUUAGCCAUCACCAGUCGAAUCUCUCGCUAGGGUUUAGUUCUCAUCGUGCUCCGGCCUCCGAGGACUCGAUUUCUCCCGGUGUUGAUCCCUGUUCGAGAGCUCCCUCUGUUCCUCUCCAGCUUCUUGAUCAGCAGUCUGAGAAUCAGAGGGAUGGGCCUGCUGGGGAGGACGAGCGUGAUGAUUCUGAGGACGAGCAGAAGGAGGAGGAAUUCAGGAUAUUGGGUUAUUCGAUGUGUAUCAAGAGGCAACGGCGAGGGGAGUCAACAUCUUCUUGUUCGUCUUCGACUUUGAUCCCUUCGAAGAGGGCGAAAUCGGAGCCUGAUCUUGAGACGAGGCGCGCCUCUGUGCGGUCGUGGGGGCUACAACCCUUGGCCGUCGCCGAUCCUGAUGUUUUUGAUAUCAUGGAGAAGGAGAAGCAGCGGCAGGUGCGUGGAAUCGAGCUCAUCGCCUCGGAGAACUUCGUUUGCCGUGCUGUUCUUGAUGCUUUGGGGAGUCACUUGACGAACAAGUACUCUGAGGGGAUGCCGGGAUCGAGGUACUAUGGUGGGAAUGAAUACAUUGAUCAGAUUGAGCGCUUAUGUCAUGACCGUGCUUUGGCAGCUUUUGACCUUGAUUCGGAGAGCUGGGGUGUCAACGUGCAGCCCUACUCGUGCACGUCUGCCAACUUUGCAGUUUUCACUGGUCUGUUGCUUCCCAAGGAUCGAAUCAUGGGACUCGAUUCGCCAUCUGGAGGCCAUGUUAGCCAUGGUUACUACACGCCGAGUGGGAAGAAGAUAUCUGCUGCUUCGAUAUUCUUUGAGAAUUUGUCCUAUAAGGUGAACCCCAUGACAGGAUACAUUGAUUAUGAUAAGCUGGAGGACAGGGCAGUGGAUUUCCAUCCAAAGAUACUGAUUUGUGGGGGCAGUUCUUAUCCUAGGGAAUGGGAUUAUGCAAGGUUGCGGCAGGUUGCUGAUAAGUGUGGGGCUGUGUUGAUGUGUGACAUGGCUCAUAUUAGUGGGCUUGUUGCCGCAAAGGAGUGCCUUAGUCCUUUUGAUUACUGUGAUAUCGUUACUUCAACCACUCACAAAAGCCUUCGGGGUCCAAGGGGCGGUAUAAUAUUUUUUAAGAGAGGAAAAAAGCCUAGGAAGCGAGGAUUUUCUCUAUAUCAAACAGAUGAAAGUGAUUCAUAUGAUUUUGAGGAAAGAAUUAACUUUGCUGUCUUCCCAUCGCUGCAAGGUGGUCCUCACAAUAAUCAUAUUGCUGCAUUGGCAAUAGCCUUAAAACAAGUAGCCACGCCUGAAUACAAAGCAUAUAUCCAACAAGUAAAGAAAAAUGCUCAAGCAUUAGCAUCUGCUUUACUAAGAAGAAAAUGCAGGUUAGUCACUGGGGGUACAGACAACCAUUUGCUGCUUUGGGAUCUCAGAACUUUUGGAUUAACAGGUAGGAACUUCGAGAAGGUAUGUGAGGCCUGCCACAUCACUCUUAAUAAAACUCCCAUAUUUGGUGAAAAUGGUGCCAUCUCUCCUGGAGGAAUAAGGAUAGGUACUCCAGCCAUGACGACAAGAGGCUGCUUGGAAGGAGAUUUUGAAUCGAUAGCCGACUUCCUCCUCAGGGCUGUGCAAAUCACAAGUACCUUGCAGAGGGAGCAUGGGAAAUUGCAAAAGGAGUUUCUUAAUGGACUUAACAACAACAGGGAUGUGAUUGAGCUUCGGAGUCGAGUCGAGUCCUUUGCUUCACAGUUUGCCAUGCCAGGGUUCGACGUGUAAGAACUGUUAAGAAUAUAUAGGACCUUAUAUUUUUUCCUCCUCGCAGACAAUGUGGUAACAAACCUGAAUAGUGAAUACUGAAUACCUCUCAAUACCUCCAAUGCCCGCUUCCGCCCAAAUAUUUUGUAAAUUUGAGUCAUGUUCUUGGAAUCAUUAUGUGCUGCAACCCCUCAUUCAAGGCUUCGUGUUCUUCUGUCAUCGUAUAUUCUUAAACCUAUGUUAUUUGUAAAGUUUAUUAUUUAAAAUUUUUUGACUUGAUAGACCAUAUUUGUUUCUCA